CCGCCGUCUCUCUCUCCCUCAGGAGCAGGAGGUGUCCCUCCUCGCCUCGGCCGCAGGCUCUCGGAGCAUCCUGCUGAACUUGGUAGCCCGGAGUCGCAGCUCCAGAGGGGCAGCAUGCAGGGUUCAAAGAAGCUAGUGAACACAAUUCUGGGUUGUGCAGACGAUGCAUUGGCUGGAACAGUGGCUUGUAAUCCUCAUCUCCAGAUCCUGCAUGGACACAGAGUGGCAUUACGUGCUGACUUGGAGAAUCUGCGAGGCAAAGUGGCACUUAUUUCUGGAGGUGGUUCAGGACAUGAGCCUGCACAUGCAGGGUACAUCGGGAAGGGAAUGCUCACUGGAGUGGUAGCUGGUCCAGUAUUCACUUCACCUGCAGUGGGUAGCAUUUUAGCAGCAAUUCGGGCUGUGAGGCAAGCUGGUGCAGUUGGAACGCUGCUAAUAGUGAAGAACUAUACUGGGGACCGUCUGAACUUUGGGCUGGCAUUGGAACAAGCACGGGCAGAAGGGGCUUCUGUGGAGAUGGUGGUUAUUGGUGAUGACUGUGCCUUUACCAAACAGAAGAAGGCUGGCAGGAGAGGACUAUGUGGCACAGUGUUAAUACACAAGGUAGCUGGGGCUCUGUCUGAGGCAGGUUGUGGUCUGAGUGCAAUUGCUCGCAAGGUUACUGCUGUUGCACACUCAAUGGGCACCCUUGGAGUUAGUCUAACCCCCUGCAGUGUUCCUGGAUCGAGACCUACCUUCCAGCUUGCUGAUGAUGAACUUGAGCUAGGCUUAGGAAUCCAUGGUGAAGCAGGGGUGCGCAGGAUGAAGAUAACAUCAGCAGAUCAGGUUGUCAAAAUAAUGCUGGAUCACAUGACCAGUCACUCCAACGCUUCACGUGUGCGACUCAAGUCUGGUGCUUCUGUAGUCUUGAUGGUGAACAAUUUGGGUGGGUUAUCCUACCUUGAAUUAAGUGUAGUGGCUGGGUCUGCUGUGCGUUGUCUUGAGAGCAGGGGCAUCCAUAUUGCCCGAGUUUUUGUUGGCUCCUUUAUGACUGCACUGGAAAUGGCAGGUGUCUCCCUUACUCUUUUGCUUGUAGAUGAUGAGCUGUUGACUCUCAUUGAUUCCGACACUACAGCUGUUGCGUGGUCACAACCUGCCAAGGUGCAUGUGUCAGGCCAGAAAAGAGUGAGAGAGUCAGUAGCACCCAAGGAAGAGGAGGAAGAUGAGUCUUUUCCAUUUAAAGCACCAGCCACCCCCUACAUGAGAGCAGUUCUAGAGAAGGUGUGCAACACACUGCUGAACCUACAAGAGGAGCUCAAUGAUCUAGAUCGGGCCGCAGGUGAUGGAGACUGUGGCAGCACACAUGCACGAGCUGCCAGAGCAAUCCAGGAAUGGGUGGAGUCAAAACCUCUACCACUGUACCCCUCUCAGCUGCUCUCUGCCCUAGCAAAGUUACUGCUGGAGAAGAUGGGGGGUUCUUCGGGGGCGCUCUAUGGACUGUUUCUAACAGCAGCUGCUCAGCCCCUACGGACUGAUGAUGAAUUGGCAACUUGGUCAGCAGCCAUGGAUGCUGGUAUUGAUGCCAUGAUGCGGUAUGGAGGAGCUGCACCUGGAGACAGAACUAUGCUGGAUUCACUCUGUGCUGCUGCUGAGCAGCUCAGAGCCCUGAAGAACCCACAGACUAAUCCACUGAAGGUUCUGACCAAAGCUGUAGAAGAGGCAGAGGCUGCUGCUGAGUCUACAAAACAUAUGGAAGCAGCUGCAGGCAGGGCCAGUUACAUUGGCUCAUCCCGCCUAAAUCGACCAGACCCUGGAGCUGUAGCAGCUGCAGCUAUUCUUCGUGCAGUGAUGGAAGGAUUGCAGGUUAAAACAAUUUAAUUUAGUGGGCUCUCCAUUGAAUCGAAGUAGCUUCAGAAUGGCAACAUGAUGUUCUUAUAGUACCUUGCUUCUAAUACUUCAGGCUCAAGAGCAUCCUUGCAGUGAAUAGUAUCUGGUGUUUCUGUAACCCCAUGCAUAAGUACAGAUCUAUGCUUUAUAUUCUUAGUUUUGAGAUCAUUACUUUGUACUUUAUGAAAUUUGGCUGUAAUAAAGAGUCCUAUCUUUGGA